ACAAAAUCCAAGAUGUCGUUCUUUGGUACCCAUCCGUUCAGUUCCCAAGUUGGCCAAAGAAUAGAACGAGCUACCAAUGAGACUUUGGCAUCUGAGGAUUGGGCCUUAAAUAUUGAAAUAUGUGACAUCAUAAAUGAGACAGAGGAUGGGCCUAAAGAUGCCAUGAAAGCAAUGAAGAAAAGACUAAUAGGAAGUAAAAAAUGGAAAGAAGUUAUGUUGACAUUGACUGUGAUGGAAACAUGUGUGAAGAACUGUGGUCAUCGUUUGCACUUAUUGGUGUGUAAGCAUGACUUUAUCAAAGAGUUGGUGAAGCUGAUUCAACCCAACAACAAUCCACCAACGUGUGUUCAAGAAAAGAUUCUUAGUCUCAUUCAGUCAUGGGCUGAUGCCUUUCGUAGUUCUCCUGAUUUGCAAGGGGUUGUACAGAUGUACAAUGAACUAAAACAAAAAGGGAUUGAAUUUCCAGCUACAGAUUUAGAUUGUAUGUCUCCUAUUUAUACACCAGAUAGGACUGUUCCAGAACCUGCAGUUCCUCCGCCUCAAAGCAGACCGCCUACUAGACAACCUACUCAACAACAGAGGCCAGCAAGUGCCGCUAGUCCUGCACAGUUCGUUCAAGGCCCUGUGAAUCCUACAGCUGAACAGAUGGCCAAAUUACGUAGUGAAUUGGAUGUAGUUGGAGGCAAUGUUAGGGUCAUGUCCGAAAUGUUAAAUGAAAUGCAGCCAAAUAGUUCUGAUUCUAGUGACGUAGAACUACUGCAGGAACUCAAUAGGGCAUGUCGGGCAAUGCAGACUCGAGUUGUGGAACUAAUAGGCAAGGUAGCAAAUGAGGAAGUAACAGGAGAAUUACUACAUAUCAAUGAUGAUUUGAAUAAUGUCUUUGUAAGGUAUGAUAGGUUUGAAAGGUAUAGGACUGGUCAAUCUGGCCCUCAAGCGCCAGCUACCGAUUUGCCUCCUGCCUACACAAAGGCUGUUUCUCCCCAACCCCAACAAACCCCACAACCACAACCAACAGAAUCUGAACCAGCCAUGGGCCAACUAAUCGAUCUAGGUUUCGAUCCUCCAACCCCUCAGCCAAGUGCAGCGGCAGCAAUGCCAGUGUCUACGCAGUUACCUGGUGACAACACCGACUUGACGAAACAAUUAGCUGGAAUGAGUGUUACAGGAGGAAGUGUGAGUAGUACUUUAGGUCAGUUGAACACUAUGCCAGCAAAUACACAAGAUGAAUUUGAUAUGUUUGCACAAGCCAGGCAAAACACUUUUGAAGACAGUAGGAAAGGUGGUAGCACAUAUUCGGAUAACACCAAUAUUGAUCAGUCUGGUGGAAUAGCUGGCAUUGUAAAUUCCAAGCACAACAAUGGGCAACCGAUCCCCCCAGCCAGUACAGAACAACUGGAGGAAAUUGAACAAUGGUUACAACAAACAAACAUGGACAAGAAAAAAGACGAUUCAUUGACAGAAGCAAAUACAAAUCAAGAACCACUUACAAGUUCUGAAUUUGACAGGUUUUUGGCAGAGAGGGCUGCAGCUGCUGACGCACUUCCAGAUAUCAACGAUAGAUCGGCAUCCCAGCCGGUAUCUGCCAACCGAAAUAGGAGACAAAUACAGAUGGAAGAAACAGAUAAUACAAUGUUCGGCCUAUAGACUUAAAUAUCCAUUUAAAUAAUGGUUAGCUUAGAUCGGGGUAUGGGUGGGUAUGAACAGGCAUGAUAUUAAAGUUUACAUCAAGGAAACAUCAAGAUUCUUUUGAUGGUAUAUUUUAAUUCAAGAAUAUAUUGACUUGCAGUGAGUCUGUUUUUUUCUUUCAUUUGGAAGCAGUGAUGCUAAUCUGUUUUUUUCAACAUAUGUGACUUCCAUCGGACAAGUUGCAAUAAUUUCCUCACUUGGUAGAUUUUCCAGUUUUGUGUGAAAUCGAAUGAAAUUUGUCAAAUUUUUAAUUUUAAAGCAGUUUUUUAGUUGAGGGGCGACCUAACCAGAUCGAGAUAGUACUGAACACUGCAGUGUAAAUUAGGGUAGAGGUCCAUAAGAUCGUCAUGUCUUUUUAGCUGAAAUGUUAUUUUAGCUAAUUUAAAAUAAAAUAUAUUCACACGUUGAAAUUUUUGGCACUUUAGCUAUAAAAUUAAGGUUCUGGUAGUUCAAUUUCAACUUGAUGUACAGUAUUUGCAGUUUGUCAAAAUUACUGUUAGCUUUAGUUCCAUGUGGGACAAAUGUUCGUAAUUUUCUGCGACUUUAGGAGAGUGCUAAAUAUUUUGGCAAUGACAUGUGCCCUGAAAUUAUUAAACUGCAAAAUUGAGACUUGUGAAAAUUAAACGAUUUACAGAACAUAUUA